CCCGAACCCUCGAAAUAUGGACUGGCCCCCGGGGACAAUGCCAACGUCCUACACAACAACUGCGUCGCAUUGCAUGGGCCGUCAACAUCCACAACCAUGAUACUCCGAUUCUCGUCUCUCGCGCUGAGCGCCCUCUGCCUCUCCUCUGUCCCAUUCGCCUCCGCCUUCUCUGCAUCAGACAUACCCGCCGACACCCCCGUUUCCCAACUCAUUGCGAGCGCGAAUGCGAACCUGGCCCAAGGCAACGCGCAUGAUGCUCUGACGUACUUCGACGCCGCGGUCACCAAGGACCCGAGUAACUACUUGACCAUCUUCAAGCGCGGCGCAACGUACCUGUCGCUGGGCCGCAAUGCGCAAGCGAACAAAGACUUCGAUCAAGUGCUUGUGCUGAAGCCGGGGUUCGAGGGCGCAUUGACGCAACGGGCAAAGUUAAAAGCGAGGAGUGCGGACUGGACAGGGGCGAGGGAGGACUACCUUGCUGCGGGAAAAGCAGGAAGUGAAGACGUCGGUCGGCUGGACGAGGCCGAGGGAGCGGCGAAGCUGGCGGUGGAUGCAGAGAAGGGCGGCGAUUGGGAGGCAUGUGUGACGCAUGCGGGCAUCGCGAUUCUCGUCGCUGGCACAUCUCUCGAACUCAGACAACGGAGGGCAAGAUGCCGAUUCGAAAAGGGCGAGAUCAUGGAGGGAAUUGCCGACCUCACUCAUGCACUGCAAAUCAAUGCGGCAUCGAUCGAACCACAUCUGCAAAUCUCCGCAAUGACUUUCUAUACCCUUGGCGAGACCGACAAAGGCCUGACGGCCAUCUCGAAAUGCCUCCACAACGACCCCGACAACAAGGCCUGCACAAAGCUUCGGAAAUCCGAAAAGGCGAUUGACCGGACGCUCAAGAAGUUCAAUGCCCUGUACGAGAAACGGCAGUUCGCGUCUGCCGCCAAACUGCUGGUCCCACAAGGCGAGAGUGAUCCUGGCUUAUUAAAGAACGUCCAGGACGAUAUCAAGUCAUACCGAGAGCUAGGCUACAUCCACGCCAAAGCCACAUCCGACUCGCUCUAUGCCAGCCUGGUGGAAAAGACAUGCGAAGCUUACAGCGAGAUGAACAACGCCAAGAAGGCACAAGCAUACUGCGAGGAAACGCUCACUUACAACUCCAACUCCCUCCCGGCCUUGUUGAACCAAGCACAACGACAGAUCGACGCCGACGAAUUCGAGCCCGCGUUAGGCACGCUAAACACGGCAAAGGAACACCACGGCAAUCAGGGGAAGAUCCAAGAGAUGAUGCAGAAAGCACAAACCCUGCUCAAGCGAAGCAAGCAAAAGGACUACUACAAAGUCCUCGGCGUGUCGCGCGACGCAGACGAGCGCGAAAUCAAGCGCGCAAUGCGGAAAUUGACGAAAGAGCACCAUCCCGACAAGGCGGCGCAACGAGGCGUCAGCCCGGAAGAGGCGCAGAAGAAGAUGACCACCAUCAACGAGGCGUACGAGGUGCUGUCGGACCCGGAGCUGAAGGCGAGGUAUGAUCGGGGUGACGAUCCGAAUGACCCUUAUUCGCAAGGCCAGCAGCCUUUCCAGGGCAGUCCGUUUGGUUUUGGAGCGGGAGGACAGCCGGUUUUCUUCCAGCAGAGAGGUGGUGGAGGCAGCUUCAAGUUUCAGGGUGGAGGUGGCGGGUUCCAGUUUCCUGGCGGGUUUCCGUUUGGUUGAUUGCUUUUGCUUGUUUGCGACUCUGGGUUUUGGUGUACUGCAUAGCGUGGAGUCGACAUGGUGGAUUGGCUGGCUCUCGAGAAAGCAGUAUGCAAACCUCAAUUACUAUGUCCCUCUCGAGCGUGAACUCACUCGAUUGAAGUGUUGCAAUUACCCGUGGUGAGCCCACGAUAGCGGACAUACACGAUGAUAAGCACGGUGAUAAUACGG